AUGGCUGCCCCGAAGUUCGCUGGCAUGUCCGGCGACCUGCUUAUGCGAGCAGUGACAGCCGUAGCUACCAUGGGCUUCUUGCUCUUCGGUUACGAUCAAGGUGUUAUGAGCAGCAUCAUCGAUGCUCAACCUUUCAAUGAUGUAUUUACGGCGACUAGAGGUAAUUCGACUAUGCAGGGCACAGUAACUGCCAUUUACGAAAUAGGAUGUCUCUUUGGUGCUGUCUUUGUACUGGGUGCUGGGGACUGGCUGGGUCGCCGAAAGUCGAUCAUGGCGGGUGCAACCGUGAUGAUCAUUGGCGUCAUCAUUCAAGUAACUUCGUAUCCGGGACAUGUCCCUCUCGCACAAUUUAUCGUUGGGCGAGUUAUUACUGGCGUUGGAAAUGGGAUGAACACAUCAACAAUUCCAACUUACCAAGCUGAGUGCUCAAGAACCUCCAACAGAGGAUUGCUUAUCUGCAUAGAAGGUGCUACUAUCGCAUUUGGUACUCUUAUAGCCUAUUGGAUCGACUUUGGUGCAUCUUAUGGCUCGCCUGACCUUACAUGGCGUUUCCCCAUUGCAUUCCAAAUAGUCUUUGGUCUUUUCAUCGUCUUUGGAAUGAUGGUUCUGCCUGAGUCUCCCCGCUGGCUGUUCACUCGCGAACGAUAUGAGGAGGGCGAAACUGUGAUUGCCGCACUUAUGGGCAAAGAGGUAUCCCAUCAUGAUGUGCAACUCCAGAAAAACAUCAUUCUUGACUCAAUUAGAGCUUCAGGUCAAGCGGGAAAGAACACCCCCUUGUCUGCUGUCUUCACCGGCGGGAAGACUCAGCAUUUCCGACGAAUGCUUUUAGGGUCCUCCUCCCAGUUUUUCCAGCAAAUUGGCGGCUGCAAUGCAGUCAUCUAUUACCUGCCAGUGCUUUUCAAGAACUCACUGAACCAGACACAGUUUAUGUCUAUGAUACUGGGAGGCGUUAAUAUGAUCGUCUACUCAAUGUUCGCUACAUUGUCGUGGUUUCUGAUUGAGAGAGUUGGAAGACGCAAGCUCUUCCUUUGGGGCACAGUUGGCCAGUGCCUCUCAAUGGUCCUCACUUUUGCUUGCUUGAUUCCAGGCACUCCAUCUGCUGCGAAGGGCGCUGCAGUAGGUCUCUUCACAUACAUUGCGUCUUUUGGUGCCACCUGGCUGCCCUUGCCUUGGCUAUACCCUGCCGAAAUUUCCCCGAUCAAAACAAGAGCAAAGGCAAAUGCUAUCUCAACAUGCACAAAUUGGCUUUUCAAUUUUCUCAUCGUCAUGGUGACUCCCAUCAUGAUUUCUAAUAUUGGCUGGGGGACUUAUCUUUUCUUUGCAUGUAUCAAUGCAUGCUUUCUCCCGGUCAUUUAUCUCUUCUAUCCUGAGACUGCUGGGCGGUCACUGGAGGAAAUUGAUCUUAUUUUUGCGAAAGGCUUUCUAGAGAACAUAAGCUAUGUUCGUGCUGCUAGAGAGUUGCCAUUCCUCUCCGAUGAGGAUGUUGAGCGUGUGGCUAUCCAGUACGGUUUUGGCCCUGCUGAUGCGGACGUCAAGGGCAACGAGAGUAGCGACAGUGCAGAGUUCAGUGCUGCGAGGACGGAGGAUCAUGCAACGGCUGAUCUCGAGAAGGGUGCGUUCACUCAGACUAAUUAG